AUGUAUUACGACAUCAGCCUAGUCGACAGUUUUACAUGCGGCGUUCACGUUGUGCCGGACGACCAGGACUGCGAAGCGAUCGCUUGCCUAGCCCCGCCCUACCUCGGCAUCAAUCCCGAGGAUCAGUCACUGGUAUGUCCUCCCCUCAACCUGAUCACUGACCCGAGGACAGGUGACGCACCCAUCGGCUGCUAUUCCAACUGUGCCGUACACGAGACAGACGAGUAUUGUUGCAGGGGUAUAUACGAUGCAACGACCUGUAAGGGUAACAAUCCGUGGUUUAAGGAGACGUGUCCGGACGCAUAUAGCUACGCUUACGACGACCAAGACGCCACAUUCACGUGUGGCUUUCGCAAUGUGACGAUAUAUUUUCACUGCUCAUAG